CUGCAGGCUCAAUCUAUCUAUCGGUCCUUAUAUCAGAGAACUCAGAAGAGAGGGAGAGGGAGAGGGAGAGGGAGCUUAAUUUGGCCGCCACCACCAGCAUCAUGGUGAACGACGACAUGGAGAGCGGCGGCGGCUGCGAGAGGAAGAAGCCGGCGAGCAGCAGCUGCUCCGACGACAUGGCGGAGCUGGAUCGCGCCCUGGCGGCGGUGGAGCUGCCGACGACGGUGCAGCGGCAGGACUCGCUGUACCGGGAUGCGAGCCGGGCUGGUGGCCAUGGCCAGCAGGGGCAGCAGGAAGGUUGGGCCCGGACCCUGCGUCUGGCCUUCCAGUGCGUGGGCGUGCUGUACGGCGACAUCGGGACGUCGCCGCUGUACGUGUACUCGAGCACCUUCACCGGCGGCAUCCGCCACACCGACGACCUCCUCGGCGUGCUCUCGCUCAUCAUCUACUCCUUCCUCCUCUUCACCAUCAUCAAGUACGUCUACAUAGCGCUCAGGGCAAACGACGACGGAGACGGCGGUACGUUCGCCCUCUACUCGCUCAUCUCCCGUCACGCCAAGGUCAGCCUUGUCCCCAACCACCAGGCCGAGGACGAGCUCACGCACGCCGACGACGACGACGCCGCCGUGCUCAAGUCCUCGUCGCUGCGUGGCAGCCUGCGGCGGCGGACGGUGCAGCUGGCGUCGCCGAGGGAUCAGCGGGCGCAGUGGCUCAAGGACCUGCUGGAGACCAGCAAGCCCGUGCGCAUCUCCCUCUUCCUGCUCACCGUCCUCGCCACCGCCAUGGUCAUCACCGACGCCUGCCUCACGCCGGCAAUCUCCGUGCUCUCCGCCGUCGGAGGACUCAAGGAGAAGGCGCCCAACCUCACAACAGAGCAGAUCGUUUGGAUGACGGUGGGCAUCCUGUUGGUCCUGUUCGGCGUGCAGCGUUUCGGCACCGACAAGGUGGGUUACCUGUUCGCCCCCGUGGUGCUGCUGUGGCUGCUCCUCAUCGGCGGCGUGGGCGUCUACAACCUCCUCCGCCACGACGUCGGCGUCCUCCGCGCCUUCAACCCCAGGUACAUCGUCGACUACUUCCGCCGCAACGGCCGCGACGCCUGGGUCUCCCUCGGCGGCGUGCUCCUCUGCUUCACCGGCACCGAGGCCCUCUUCGCGGACCUCGGCUACUUCAGCGUCCGCUCCAUCCAGCUCAGCUUCGCCUGCGGCCUCGUCCCCGCCGUGCUCCUCGCCUACAUGGGCCAGGCCGCCUUCCUCCGCCGCCACCCGGCCCAGGUCGCCGAGACCUUCUACCGCUCCACGCCGGAGGUGCUCUUCUGGCCCACCCUGGUGCUCGCGCUCGCCACCUCCGUCGUCGGCAGCCAGGCCAUGAUCUCGUGCGCCUUCGCCACCAUCUCCCACUCGCAGGCCAUGGGCUGCUUCCCGCGCGUCAGGGUCCUCCACACCUCGCGCCACUACCACGGCCAGGUGUACAUCCCGGAGGUGAACUUCCUCCUGGCGCUCGUCGCCUGCGUCGUGACGGUCGCCGCCCGGGGCACCACGGCCGUGAUCGCCGAGGCGCACGGCAUCUGCGUCGUGCUCGUCAUGCUCAUCACCACGCUGCUGCUCACACUGGUGAUGCUCCUGGUGUGGCGCGUCAACGCCGCCUGGGUGGCGCUCUUCUUCGCCGUGUUCGCCGCCGCCGAGUCGGCCUACCUGUCCUCCGUGCUCUACCGGUUCGCGCACGGCGGCUACAUCCCGGUGGCCAUGUCGGCGGCGCUCAUGGCGGUGAUGGUGCUGUGGCACUACGUGCACGUGCGGCGCUACGAGCACGAGCUGGAGCGCACGGUGUCGCACGAGAGCGUGCGGGAGCUGCUGGCGCGGCGCGACGUGGUGCGCGUGCCGGGGGUGGGGCUCUUCUACACGGAGCUGGUGCAGGGCAUCCCCCCCGUGUUCCCGCACCUCGUCCACAAGAUCCCCUCCAUCCACGCCGUCCUCCUCUUCGUCUCCGUCAAGCACCUCCCCGUGCCGCACGUCGACGCCGCCGAGCGCUUCCUCUUCCGGCAGGUUGCCGAUCAUCAUGCUGACUCCGGCUCCGACACCAACAGCACCAGCCGGAGCCGGGUGUUCCGGUGCGUGGCGCGCUACGGCUACCGGGACCCGCUGGAGGAGGCCAGGGACUUCGCCGCCAGCCUCGUGGAGCGCCUCCAGUACUACGUCCGCGACGUCAACCUCUAUGGCGUCGACCACCUGCAGCCGGGAGCCAAGGUCAGCUACCCGACCUCGCGAUGCGACAGCAUGGCGACGUCCAUGAGGCGCCAGAGGUCCGUCAACAUGAUGAUGAUGCGGCCGUCGGCGUCGUACACGGAGAGCCUGGCCCUGGCGCGGGCCAGGUCGACGUCGUCGGGGACGAUGAUGAUGUUGGCGCACUCGGCGUCCUGCAACAACAGCAACAUCAGGCCCACCACCACCACGACGGGCGUGUUCGCGGAGGAGAUGCUGACGCCGGCGGAGUCCUUCUCGGAGCUGUCGAGGAUGGGGAGCGCCGCCGGAGGAAUGAUGAAGGUGAGCCUGGAGGAAAUGGCGCGCAUCGAGGAGGAGCAGCGCUUCAUCGAGAGGGAGAUGGAGAAGGGUGUCGUCUACAUCCUCGGCGAGGCCGAGGUGGUGGCGCGCCCCAACUCGUCGCUGCUCAAGAAGAUCAUGGUCAACUACGCCUACGCCUUCCUCCGCAAGAACUGCAGGCAGGGAGAGAAGAUGCUCGCCAUCCCAAAGUCGCAGCUGCUCAAGGUCGGGAUGUCAUACGAGAUCUGAACAUCUACUUUGCUUGAUCCAUGGAUUGUUCCUGGAUGCUUUGCUCCGUCGUUGAUCAAAUGGUAGCAUAGUAGGUAGUUGCAGGCGUCUGGGCAGAUUGAUUUGUUGAUGCUACAUUACGCUACACUAUCUAGAUAGUACUCCCUCUGUCCAAGUCCUUUUAGCUUUUCUAGACGUAUAGAUCUAGACGUAUAGAUAUUAUUAUGCAUCUAGAUGCAUGGUAUAUCUAAAUUUAUAACAAAAUCUCUAAAUCUUCUUAAUUAA